AUGCCGAUGUCUCUGCUGUUGAGUAUCUACUGCGUACUGUGGUUUGCCUGCGGUGUCCAGCAAUCGUGCAGCUUGAGCCAGUGGCAACCCGACGCGUUUCGAAGCCCGGCUGAGCUCGCGCACAGCAAGGGUUACCCGGUCGAGGAGCACGUGACUGUCACCGAGGACGGCUACGUGCUCAGCCUGCAGCGCGUGCCGAGAGGUCGGAGACAGCUGCCCGGCGCAUUCUCGGGGCCACCGGUGCUGCUCGUCCACGGGUUGCUCUCUUCGGCAGCUGUUUGGGUCAUCAACUACCCGCACCAGAGCCUCGGAUUCCUUCUUGCGGACGCCGGUUACGACGUGUGGCUGGGAAACUACCGCGGUACGCCUUUCUCGAGGGGCCACCUAGAGUUCAGUGACCGUGACAGUCGCUACUGGGACUUCGGCCUGGAUGAAGUGGGGCUGCUGGACCUACCCGCCCUGGUGGACUAUGUGCUGGCAAACACGGGAUGGCCGCAGUUAUUCUUGGUGGGAUUCUCCCAGGGAAGUGCGGCCGCUUGGGCGAUGCUGGCCGACAAGCCAGAGUACAACGACAAAGCGUCAGCCGCCGCUGUCAACCAGGGUCGGCUACUUGUGCGACCGCAGUGGCUGCGCCGAGCCACAUACGCCCUGUGCGAGUCGCCGCUGCGCUACGUCUGUGCGCUGCCAACUUUCUUCCUCUUCGGCGUCAACCUCAACCAGCUCAACCAGUCACGGUUGCCGGUCUACACUAGUCAACUACCCUCGGGUGCUUCCAAGCGCAACGUCGAACAGUUCGCACAGAUAAUCCGAGCCAGGAACUUCGUCAAGUACAAUUACGGGCCGCUCCGCAACUUGUACCACUAUGGCACGGUGGACAGCCCGGCCUACGACUUGUCGAAGAUUACAGCGCCGGUGGCGCUGUUCAGCUCCCACAACGACUUCUUCGCCAACCCUGAGGAUGUUUCUACACUUCGGCAAAGCCUGCCGAAUGUCGUGCUAGACUACAUAGUUCCAGACUUAGACUUCACGCAUUUGGACUUUAUUUUAGGUACUGAGGCAGCGGCAUUCGUCUACAAGCCACUCAUUGAUUUCAUGAAUUACUGGGUGCUUUUAUAUGGGCCGUAA